UCUUCGAUUAUUCUGCAAACAUUAACAUUUUGACAGUUCUCGAAUGAUAGAUUAUACAUUAUUAUUUAAGCGUUAAUUUGCAUGUAUAUAAUUAUAAAUUAUGAAUAGAAUUAAAAAUAUCAUCUAUAUCUGACGCAUAAUGAGUUUAUUGUAAUAAGUUGCUUAUAAAAGUAUUUAAAAAAAAAUGUCUGCAAUUAUAGAUGAUAAAGUGGUUGCAGGAGCAAAAUCUGCAAACAUUGUUAAAGAAGAUCCUAUUGUAGCAUUGACGGAAAAAGUUAAUGCAUUAUAUUUUUUUCGAGAUCACUAUUUUGAAAAUCAUUCUAUUGAAGAAGCCAUUAAAAAAAAUAAUGAUUUAGAAAAAGAGAUGAAAGAUACUUUAAAUAAAUUUGAUGAAUGUAAAGGCUAUGAAAUUGAUGGAUCAAGAGCAAAAUAUUAUUAUCUAAAAGGAAAAGCUUUAAAUGUUACAGAACGUUUUAUACCUCAAGCAGAAGAAUUAUUAACAAAAGCAGUGAAAUUAGAACCUAAUUUAGUAGAAGCAUGGAAUGAAUUAGGAGAAUGUUAUUGGAAAAAUGAUGACAUUCAACAAGCAAAAAAUUGUUUUGUUGGAGCUUUACGCCAUGGUAAGAAUAAAGUAUCCUUAAGAAAUUUAUCGAUGGUAUUCAGACAAGAACCAAUUGUUAAUGUUGAACAACGAAUGCAAAAUAUACAAAAAGGUGUAGAACAUGCUAAAGAAGCAGUUAGCCUUGAUACAACAGAUGGAAUUUCUUGGGCAAUAUUAGGAAAUGCUUAUUUGUCUUCCUUUUUUACAGUAGCACAAAAUCCUGCAAUUUUACGACUUUGCAUGUCAGCCUAUGCACAAGCAGAAAAAGAUAUUGUAGCAGGAAGUAAUCCUGAUUUAUUUCAUAAUAAGGCAGUGGCUUUAAAAUAUCAAGAAGAAUAUAGUUUAGCAUUAAAGUCUUUUGAAAGAGCAAUGUUAUUAGAUCCAUUAUGGGAAACACCACGUAAUAAAAGAGAUGAAUUACUACAAUAUUUAAAAGAUGUACAAAAUUCAGUAAACAAUAGUGGGAGAGUAAAACCGAAGAGAUUGUAUCAAAUGAUAAGGGCAUUGGAUGUUAAACAUUUGGGACCAUACAAAGGUGGCUCUUUCACAUCCGGCCAGAAGACUGUAAAAUUAGAUUUAAUAUUAUUGAAAGAUUUAGUCCUAGGAUUAAAUCCAGAGAAAGUUAUAUUUGGAAAAGUAGUAUGUUGGAUACAAGACACUGAUUGUGUACCUUUCGCUUUUUGCCUUGUUGAUGAAGAAAAAACAUGUAUUGCUGUAACAGUAUACAAUCUUGCUAAAGGUCGUGGAGUUACUGUAGGAGAUUCUGUUGCUAUACCCGAACCAUUCGUGAUUCAUCAAAAGUUUUCUUAUCUUAACAAUGAUUUUGACUUCAAAUCUAUACGCGUCGAAACUCCGGUUAUAUUGGUUGUUAAUGGAAGAAAAUUAGGUAGGGAACAAGAAGCAUCUGCAAAAUUGCAUACCUUUAAAAAAACCGAUUAAGAUUUAUGUACAAAAAUUCAUUUUGAAUUAUGAAACACAAUUAGUAAUGAGAUUUUUUUUCAUCUCAAAUUUAAAUUAAUAAUCAAUGGAUAGACAAUGUGAUAUUUAAAUUUUGAAUCUAAGUAAUAAUUAUACAUUAACAGAAUUUAAUAAUCUUACCACAGUCAAUAUUUCUGAAGAUAGGUUGAUCUAUUUACAAUUGUUGCGCGUUUCCAUAGAAAAUGUGUAAAUUUGAAGUGACGAAAGUUUUGAACGUCUUAAAUGUUUUCAAUUUAUUUCCGAUAUAUUGAUUUAUAGAGAAGCUUGAAGAAUUCGAAUACAUCGAUUUUUAUGAAAUUUUCUAUAUAUAUAUAUAUAUAUAUAUAUAAUAUAAAAUAAAUUCAUUUAAAUAAUUCUAUCUUGUAGAAUAUUAUAAAAGCACUUUCAAGUGUUAUACGAUAAGCAAUAAUUUUUAUAAUGUAUUAAAAUUUUAUAAAAAUUAAUAAGUAUACUUUCUUCAAGUUUCUCUUGUUGAUUGAAAAGUUACAGAAUGUUUUAUAUAUAUAAUAUAAUCGGAUUUCAUAUAAAAAUAC